AUGAACCAGCCACGAAAUAAUGAGUUAGUGAUAAACCUUGUUGAUUCAUUUGUUAAGCGUGUCAACACGGUGCUGCAAAGUGGAGAAAUAAAACGAGAGAAGCAAACUCUUCCAACAUUUGACAGAAAAAAGAAAGGCGUACCACACGUUAAUGGCGACGAAGACGACAGUUCCUCCGAUAUAGCUUCAAUUUCAAGUGGAGAUGAAUGUGAGCUAAUCGAUGAUGAAGAGAGUGAUGAUGUUUACGAGGUAGACGAUGACGAAGCUGAUGAAGACGAAGAAGAGGAUGGAUUUGUGAACGAUGACGGCCAUGGAGUUGAAGAUGACGAUGACGAUCAUUCUCUCUCUAAUCGAGUCAUUUGUUUUCUUCAAGGAAGACAAGAUCUGCAAGAGCUAAGUCUAAAAGCAUGCAAAGCAUAUUUGCGGAGACAUGGGCUUAGAGUGUCGGGGAACAAGGAUGAGUGUGUUGGUAGGGUACAUGAGCACUGGCGGAUAAAAGAUGGGAAAGCUGAAGUUCUUUAUCCAACGACAUCCUUUGUCAUCAACUGCACAGGCGAUGUUUGCAAGGGAGAUACUGUCCUCUUCAAACAAAAAGUCUAUGGAAGUUUUGACAAAGUGACAAGGAACGGCAAAGUUCUGGGGAUUAGAACAGUUGCUGGACGAGUUGUGAAAGAAAGCUAUGGUGCAGCGAAGCAACAACAUACAUUCACGGUUGAGGUACUUUGGACCAAGGGCUUAAAGAAAUUGCCUCCUCUCUUUCCUUUGCUCGUCAAGGGCCGAAAUCUCUAUAGAUUGAAGACCCACAGGAAGCCAUGGAAGAACGAGGCAGACAGAAGAAAAGUUCUUGCUGAAAAGCAUAAACGAGGGUCAGUCGCAAGAUAUAGGAGAGCAAAGAGAAAGAAUGCUUUGUCUACUAAUAAAGGCGUAAAAUCUAGGAAAGGUGCUCAUUGUGAAAGACCAUCCCAGAUGAGUUAUCCUGUAGGAGGCGAACAUUUUGGUACAGAGAAAGGCAUCUCAUCUUCAACAAACCAGCAGCGUAAUGUGAAGCGGGGAGCUGCCAGAAAUACUAUCAGAGCUAAUGUCUCUAAAACCUUGAGAUCUCAAAAGCCAGUCUUUGAGGAUGCUAGAGUUCCAACAUUGCAGCCUUAUCAUGGUCCUCCAAAAUAUCCUGAUUCACAAGUGGGACUUUAUCAUAGGAGUGUGCCUUCAUAUUCUGCAGAAUUUCAGGGUGGAAUUUCUUAUCAGGGUCAAAUGAUGAUGCCUGCAGCACAACUUGGUAUUUCUAGUCAUCACCACUUGCAUGAUUUUAAUAACAUUCAGUCACCUUGGGAGACUCAUAUGCACUCUAGGCUAAUCUUUCCUUCAAGAGCUCCACGUGGACGGUGGAUAAAUGGUCAUUUGAGCUGCUCAAUCCGAGGAUGUAAUGCAUCUGGAUCUGAUAGAUGUGUCAUUUCUGCAUGUUGGAGAUGUUGUCGAAGGGUGGGGAUGGGAUGCAAUGUCCAUAGAUGACAACUAUUACUUUGGUCAUGCUACAAUACCUCGUCCACAUGUUGUUUUUAGCAUCUCUGCUCACUGGGCAGUACCAUGUUAUGGUAUCCGUUGAACAGAAAGGCCUUCUUGUUGGAUAUAAAAAGAAAAAGGUACAUGCUUGUUGUUAUGGAUUCUUAUUGCUGACAUGGAUGAAAAUUGGACUUUCUAAAUAUGGACCUGGUUACUGAAUGCUUUUGGUCAUCAACAUGGUAUAUUGGUAUGUCUCUUCAGUGUUAUAUUAACAUGUCAUGUUGUAACUAAUGAUUUUCGUCGGACUUAUUUUCAGAAGAACAAUGCGAAACUAAUUAAUAUUUAAAGAGCA